GGACCAAUUCCGACGCAGGAGGUGAAGCCGACUCCAUACCUGGGCCCAGGUGCGCUCGCUCUGCAUCUCUCGGCCGCCCCGCUCACCGGAUGCAGCGGGCCCAGGCGGCGUCCGGAGGAGACCCACCCGGGGCCGAGUUCCCAAUGGAGCCCUUGGGAAGCCAGGUCGCGGGGCUAGAGCAGCCGCAGGUGCCCGCAGAGGAGCGACGGCUCGAGAGUCCCGAGAGCAGCCCGAGUCUGGCCCGCGCCGUAGAGGAGGCGGCGGGCGCGGGCCAGGACCUCUCCGGCGGGAAGAAGCUGCCCCCGCCUCGCCCGGCGCUCCUGCGGCUCCCGGCCCCCAGCCUCGGCUACGGCGCCUUCCGCCGCCAGGCCUCCGCCGGCUCCGAGCCGCCGUCGCCCGGCCCCACCGCGGCCGAGCAGUUCCGGGCCGGCGAGGCGCCGGGGGCCGAGCUGGCGCCGGGGGAGCCGCCGCAGGGCACCUGGGCCCCGGUGGAACUGCAGGUGGACGUGCGCGUCAAGUCCGUGGGCGUGGCGGGUGGCAGCCGCGCGCCCUCGCCGGCGCCGUCCCCGCGCUUCCUCACCGUGCCGGUGCCCGAGUCCCCGGCCUUCUCCCGCCACGCCUUUCCCGCCCUCCCGCUCCUGCCGCGGACCCCCGCCCGGCCGGAGCGCGGCCUCGACGCCGAGGGCCGGGCGAGCCCCGCCGACGGGCGCUCGGAGCCCCCGGGCUCCCCCACGUGCCGCGGCCGCUGCAGGGCCCUGGGGCUGGAGAAGGAGGAGGACGCCGCGCUGCUGCACCGCGCCGAGACGGGCGGCGACGAGAAGCUGCCCCGGGCCAUAAAGCUCAUAGGGCUCCCUCUGUACAUGAAGUCCCUGCGCUGGGCCCUGGCGGUCAUGGCUGUGUUUCUGGCCGUGUCCGCAGUUGCCAUCGUGGCUCUGGCUUCUAGAGCAGGGAUCAGGUGCCGGCCAUGCCCCCAGGGCUGGAUGUGGUCCGAGGAGCACUGCUACUACGUCUCUACCGAAGCUCAGGCCUGGGAGGCCAGCCAGGCGUUCUGCUCAGCUCACCAGGCUACCCUCCCACUGCUGAGCCACACACAGGACUUCCUGAGCAGAUACCCAGUCACCAAGUACUCCUGGGUGGGGGCCCGGCGAGGCCCCCAGGGCUGGCACUGGAUCGACGGGGCCCCACUAUCACCCCCGCUACUCCCAGAGGAAGAGGAGGACCAGCCGGAUCUCAAGUGUGGGGGCCUGGAGGGAGGCAAGCUGGUAGCUUUGGACUGUGCCUCUCCAAGACCAUGGGUCUGCGCCAGGGGGACCAAGUGACUUGGGUUCCCCCCGUCCUGAGACUUGGGGGCAUGCAGCCCCCCCCCAGGGGAAGCCAGGUUGCUGGCUGGGGCAGCCUCUUCCCUGGACCCAGACUUCCGGGUCUCCCUGCUCUGUGCUCAAGGGGCCCUUUCUGAGCCAACCAGGGACUGGACUUCCGGCUCAGGCAGGUGACGUCCAAGGGCGAGGAGGCUUUCUGUGGCCCUUCCAACUUCUGAAGCAGUUCCCUUGGAAUGGUUUCUCUAGCAUUUUUGAGCCUAGGUUUCUCCCUCAUUAAAAUGGCCAUUUCCCAUC